AUGGAAAACAAUAACUCCACAGAUAACAAUUCUAAAGACAACAAGCCUAUUUCAGCACAAGAAGAUCAAAAAACAACUAUUACUGAACAAAAGCAACCCCUCCCGGCACCCAUUCCUGAAAAGAAUGCAUGGAAAGUUGAAAAGACAGUAAAAGUAACCGAAGAAGCUUCUUCUGCAGAUUGGCCCGCACCAAAAGAAGCAGCAGUCGAAAGUAGUGAAGAUAAUAGUGAAAAAGAAAAAUUCGUUGCACCUAAAAUAAAAAAUAAAGGACAAUGGAAGCCUUUUACACCUACUAUUGUUCAUGCUUCUUCUCCUGCUACACGUCGUAGUAGACAUGGUCGACGUUCUGGUAAUCAUUCGGGUGACCGUAACAAGAAAUCAACAAAUAAUCAACGUCGAGGAUCCAAGUCAACAAAGGAAGAAAGCAAGCCAACAGUUGAAGCAACAACUGACAAUAAUAAAACGAGUCCUAAAAAAGAUGACAAAAAGCCUACUACUACUACUACUAAUACUACUACUAAUACUACUACUACUACCACUACUUACAACAAGCCUCGUUCUAAUCGUCCCAAAAACUUUUAUCGUGGACAACGAAAGACACCUGCUUUUGUCACUAUUGAUGCAGAAACUUUGAAGAUGUACAUUAUGCAACAAAUUGAAUAUUAUUUCAGUAUUGAUAACUUGUGUAAAGAUGUUUAUUUACGUAAACAAAUGGAUUCAAAUGGUUUUGUCGAUUUAUCCUUUAUUGCCAACUUUAACCGUGUAAAAGGGUUAACAACGGAUCUUAAUUUGAUUCGUGAAGCUUUAGAGAACAGCCAAGUCAUCGAAGUCAAGGGUGGUGACAAGAUUCGAAAGAGAGAAGGUUGGGAGACUUGGUUAAUGCCUUCUGUCAUCUCUGGCCCUACACCUGUCAAUCCACCUAUUCCUAAAGUUACAAUGACUGCUGCUCAAGUUGCCAAGAAAAAUGCCCCACCUAAUCCUCAACCUACUUUAGCUUCUUUAGCUGGUACUACUCUCUUGCCUGGUACUUCCCCUCAAUUUAAUUAUGAGCAACGUCGCAAGUCACAACAAAAAGAUGAAGAUGAAUUGUUUGACUUUGAUGAUGAUGAUUUUAUUGAUGGACGUCGUAAUGACACUGUCAAAAAAUAUUAUCUUUCUGAUGAUGAAGAUGAAGAUGAGAAUGAUCUCGAAAUGGAUGAUGAAACCGUAGCUCGUAUCAUGAUUGUCACUCAACGUAAAUCAGAUCGUACACAUACUAACUACAAUCGAUCCAAAAUCAACGAAGAUAUUUCUGAAAUGAUCAAUGAAGGACUUUAUCAAUAUGAAACUGGACUUGUUUCCUCAAAGUCCAAUAAUAUCAAGGUAGGAUCAGUUGGUAAGGAUCACUUUGAUCAAUUGAAACAUCGUGAACAUCAUCAUGGUGAACAACUUGGAGCACAGCUUUCCAGUACAACCAUCCAUGCAAAGCCUAUUAAAAAGAACGAGAAGAACACACCUCGUUUCUAUGCUGUUCGUCCCGAGUCACUUCCUAGUUCUGCCUUCUAUAGUACAUCUCAAGGAGCUAUAGACCAUGGGCAUGUCGGUUGGGUUUUAAGUGAUCAAGCCUAUCAUUAUAAUCCUAAUGAUUUAUUAUCUACUAGUUAUGGUAAAUCACCUGCAGCUGAAGGUAUGCUUUCUAAAUCAAUGGAUAUGGCUCAUUCCUUUGGUAACUUCCAACAUCCUAGUCACGAAUUAUUAAAGGAAAAUGGAUUUGUUCAACAUAAAUAUUAUAAAUAUCAUGCAAAGGCUUUAAGAGAACGUAAGCAAUUGGGUGUUGGACAUUCACAAGAAAUGAAUACCUUGUUCCGUUUCUGGUCUCACUUUUUACGUGAUCAUUUUAAUAAGCGUAUGUAUACUGAAUUCAAGAGAUUAGCUGUUGAAGAUGCUAAUCAAAACUAUAGAUACGGUUUGGAAUGUUUAUUCCGUUUCUAUUCUUAUGGACUAGAAAAACGUUAUCGUAAAGAACUCUUUGAAGAUUUCCAAGAAUUAACUUUGGCAGAUUAUGAAAGAGGACAUCUUUAUGGUCUUGAAAAGUUUUGGGCAUACACUUAUUAUCGUAAAGAUAAAAAGAAGAGAGAACUCAAAUUGAAUGAACAAUUGAGUGAAUUAUUAUCAGAAUACAAGUCAGUUGAAGAUUUUAGAAAUGCAGAGGCACCUGUUUCCGAAGCCAAGGAUGAUACUUAUAAGGUUCCUCAUCAUGGUAAACCUAGAAAUAGUGUUAGUGGCCCUUCUGGUGCAAAGGCUAAGGCUUAA